AUGGAACUACACGGAUCCGUUUUGGAUUGGGCAGCGUCCGCCCGAUUCAGCACGGGUCCUGAGAAGCAGCAUCAACGCCUCUCAUAUCGAGUUGAUCUGACCGUUUUCCCUCCUUCACCCCGUAGAGCUUACUUACCAUUGAAACUAACCGAUUCAGUCGACUCUUCAUAUGGAUGGGUUACCAGGAGCCUGGAUAGAGACACCCGCAAAUCCAAGUUUAUAUCAACUUUACAUUGGCUCCAACAACCCGGGGACGAGCAAUGCUAUUCAAUCACCCAACACCAAGUGUUGGCGAAACAGCCGAUAGGUCUAACAACAUGCCAGUUCUCUUCGUCCAACCUCAACACUACUAUGCCUUCUCUAGAUGUCUUGUCCGAGAAAUACGAGGAACCCUAUUCCGAGUCUGUUGAUACGGAGUACGAGGGUGAUGGUGGAAGAUUCGCCGCUAUCAGCACUGUUUCUUCGGGCCAUGGGGGCCGCGCUCCAAAUGCAUGGAAACUGAUGAAUGAAGAGGAUCUAUUUCGCGUCCUUUCAAGGAACAGAACUGGCAUAUUUGGAAGGACCAGCACCGUAGCCACAGCAUCUAGCACUGAAGGCGAGCUGGGAGAAAUUAACAAACUCAUAUCCCUCAUUAUCGUCAUCAAAAGCGUUACCAUGAAGGGCAUAGGUCUUGGGGCGGCUUUACAGCCUUUAGUCUGUGACCUCUUCCCCACAACCUUUUCACUGAAGACCCGCGUCAGGCUGCCGGAAAGCUUGCCGCACGUGACGUUGUCACACGUGACGCUACGUCGAGGACGAAUUUGGGACUGGCUCACUUUUAGUCACCAUGUAGUCACCUCAGACCGCAGCGAACUCUUGUAUGACCCAGAAGACAACGCGGCAUUGGUGGAAAGAGCUAGAGAAAUGAUAGUUUCAAAGCUUUUCAGGAUCGAAUACACAACGAAUGUCAAGGUGGGCAAUGAGCUUGCUCAUGGUAUAUUCGACGGCGAGAAGAAGUGGGCGAGCAUUGCAGAGGCCAUGGUUACAAAGGCUUCGGCGCGAAGACCGCCCUGGAAUACCGAUGCGCUAUAUCAGGCGGGAGAGUCUUUGUACGAUAUCUACGACAAGAUUCUCCGUACUGAUGAAGGCUGCUACUAUUUCGGACCUGCAGAAAAGGCUGCGGUCUACUACAAGAGUCUCGGGUAUGUACCACUAAAGAGCACGAACGCCAUAUCAAAGAUAGGUGGCAAUCGUGGACCCCUGGGUCGGCUGCCUAAAUUGAGCAAGCUUUUCUUAGCGGCAAACAGCAUCAUCACAAUUCGGAAUGCCGUGCUACGAGAACCAAGAGCACCAAAAAAGAACUUUAACCUGCCGUUUUAUAAUCAGGGAAACAUUCUCUUUCCGGCCCUCAUUGUUGGAUCUCCCUCCAACAAUCGGCCUAAGACCACUGCCGGAGUCUUUACGCGCGGAAUUGUUAUCUUCUUCAUUCUUCUCUCUAACGCCUUGCUUGCUCUUGCUGAGCCUAUUGCUGCUUUUGAAAGUCACCCAAUCCUUCUCAAGCACAGGAGCCUCUCGUUCUGUAGACUUGCUGCUUACGCCAUCGCCCAGACAGUCGUGGAUACACCUCUGUCUACUUCAUGUCGACCCUACAACCUAUAUCUUCUCAGUGCCUCAUUUCUCUCUACUUUUAUGGCGUUUGACAAUGACCAUGUACGCCUUCUUUCGGGCAAUCGGAGUCUCGUUGAUUCACUUGAUCCAGCGACUGGAAUCACUAGUAUGCAUAAAUUUAUUUCUGAUUUCGUGUUUCACAUAGUUGUGAGCUCUCCUUAUUCGAAUAAUUCGCUAAUUGCCUGUAGCUCUCAUUAUCUACUCGAGCUACUUGAUUUCAUCGAGAAAGAUGCAACUAUAGUUUCUUGGCUCCGAUGGAUAAAUCUAGUCCAAUUUGCCUUCGAAGCCUGGUGGCCAACAAAUCCUACAACCUUGAAUCUAAUCCUCGUUACCAGUUUUACGCUAUCCAACGAAGCAUACCUAGGUCGCUUACGGUUAGUGGAACCAACUAUAUCCAAGACUUUGGAUUUAUCUGCACUCUUUUUCGUGUUUUUCGUCUCCCCCACAUCUUUCGGCAUAGAUCUUCUGAAGUCUAACAAAGAUGAUGAUGCUGUCGCCAAUUAUACGUGUAACAAAAAUGUUCACACUGGCCAGCAGCUGCUGAACACAGCAUUUAAUCCCAUGGGAAGUAACCAAGAAUGGCAGGAUUUUCACCUAGCAAAACGUCAACUACACCAUCCCAUUGAAGAAGGAAAGAGGAAGCUAUUUCAAGAUAUCCAGGGCUACGUUAAGCCGGGAAAGUUGAUAGCUUUUAUGGGUGCCUCCGGCGCUGGGAAAAAAACGUUAUUGAAUACCUUGCCCCGGAGGAUUCAGUUUGGAGUUGUCCAGGAUGACUUCCUCGUUGAUGGCCAAUCUCUUCCUUCCUCAUUUCAAGGCCCAACGAGCUUCGUCAAGCAAAUGGACAUCUAUUAUGUUGAGAAUAUAAUCGAUUUGUUAGAGAUUCACAAUAUGACUAGCGCCGUAAUUGGGAGGAGUAGCCCACCAAUAGACUUGAUUCAGGAGCUGUCUUCAAAAUCGACCCGUUCCUGCGAAAGCUUGCUAUCGCAGCUUUUCGACCAGCUUUUGUUGUUGAAAAUUGAUGGAGCCUCUCCCAAGAAUGAGAAAUUGACUAAGGAGAUCCAAGGGAUUAUCAGAGUUUUCAUGUUUCAUAUCUUCACUAGCCUCUUUAAUCCCUUCGCUUUCUGGUAUCUCAGAAAUAGACACAAGCGCAGGCGCGAUCCUGGGUAUGAGGUCGAUCUAUUAAUCGCGAGAAGAAACCUCAAAGAUCUACUCUUGGAAUGUGUUCUCCUGAGGUGCUAUCUUGAGCGUGACACCCUACGACAAUCUCGCUGGAACAAUCUCCUACGAGGUGCUGCUGGUACUAGGCCACGUGGUGUCCACGCGACACUUACGUUGCUGCAAGCAUUUGGCUCUUUGCGAUUGUGUUUGAGCACUUUUAUCUUGGAUUCAGUCAAAGCGAUUGCAGCGUUUUCUCCGAAUGAAUUCCGCCGCUUUACUCUCAUACCCUUCAGUUGUUCGUUUCUGCAGUGUCGUGGUCCCGUAAACCGACCGCCCUGCCUGAUUUCUGGCAAAGUUGGAUGUACUGGCGGAGGCCCUUCCACAUCUGCUCGAAGGCAUGUUGGGCCUACAUAUCGUGAGAUUGCAGUAUUCGCACCCCCGCCAGGCCAAGACUCGGUGCGGCGGCUACGUGCAGACCCAACCAAACGGCAACUGUGGCUUUUCCCAACACCGGAGAAGAACACAGUUUGCAGCCAGCUUUAACAUGGAUCCUAGCAACAUCCCCUUCACUCUACAGCAGGGCCAUAGCUGACCAAACCAAAGGGGCGUACAUAUUGUUAAUUUUGCCGUCUUUUUUGUAUUAUGCAGCGGGUUGUACUUGGGUGGUCGGUGCAAGAUCAACUCGAAUUGCAGCCCAACGGCGAGGAGGAAUAAGAACGGAAUGAGGAAGAGGCAGUAGGGCAUGAAGCAUAGACAACUGGCGUUUGCUCUUGGGUUGAAGUCUGUGGGCUAGGGGUUCGGGUGCAUUCGGCCGCGGACCGCAGCCUUCAGCCUUGCGGUAGUUUGGGGCCCGAUUUUCCCAACUUCAUGUGUG